AUGAGUUUAGGAGUCGAGAAUUCUUUGUUUUUUGGUCAGUCCAAUACAGUUCAGUUAGGGAGUUUCGGACCCAAAAGCCAAAAACAUAGGAUUCCGUCUAUUGCAUCUGUCCAAACCUCGGUUUUAAAUGGUUAUAUUGUACCCAGAAACAUAAAAAGUAAAAUCGACAAUCUUGGUAAAGUAAAGUUGAAUAAGGACUUUAUUUUGAGGUCAAAGGCAGUGUUGACUGUGGAUAAAGAGGUGGCUAUUGAAGGAAAUGGAGGAUUGAGCGGAGAGAGGAGUGAUUAUGAUGCAAUUGUUAUUGGGUCUGGUAUUGGUGGGUUGGUUGCAGCUACACAGUUGGCAGUGAAGGGAGCUAAAGUUUUGGUCUUGGAGAAGUAUGUGAUUCCUGGUGGGAGUUCUGGGUAUUACGAGAGGGAUGGAUAUACUUUUGAUGUUGGCUCUUCUGUUAUGUUCGGUUUCAGUGAUAAGGGCAACCUAAAUUUGAUAACACAAGCAUUGGCAGCGGUUGGUUGUGAAAUGGAGGUGAUUCCUGACCCAACUACUGUCCAUUUUCAUCUACCCAAUAACCUUUCUGUUCUAGUUCCCAGAGAGUACAGCGACUUCAUCUCAGAACUUACUGCUAAGUUUCCCCAUGAAAAGGAAGGGAUCAUUAAAUUCUAUGGUGAAUGCUGGAAGAUAUUCAAUGCCUUGAACUCUUUGGAACUGAGGUCACUAGAGGAGCCAAUCUACCUGUUUGGACAGUUCUUUCAGAAGCCUCUUGAAUGCUUGACACUGGCUUAUUAUCUGCCCCAAAACGCUGGAGACAUUGCUCGAAAGUACAUAAAGGAUCCUGAAUUGUUGUCUUUCAUUGACGCGGAGUGUUUCAUAGUGAGCACUGUUAACGCUUUGCGUACCCCAAUGAUCAAUGCUGGCAUGGUUCUUUGUGAUAGGCAUUUUGGAGGGAUCAACUACCCUGUUGGUGGAGUUGGUGGAAUUGCAAAGUCUUUGUCAAAAGGUCUGGUUGAUCAGGGCAGUGAAAUACUUUACAGGGCAAACGUGACCAAUAUCAUUCUUGAGCAUGGAAAGGCCGUAGGAGUAAGGCUUUCAGAUGGAAGGGAGUUCUUUGCCAAAACCAUAAUAUCAAAUGCUACUAGAUGGGAUACCUUUGGGAAGUUGUUAAAAGGAGAAACCAUUCCAAAAGAAGAAGAAAAUUUCCAAAAAGUUUAUAUUAAGGCUCCAUCUUUUCUUUCCAUUCACAUGGGUGUUAAAGCUGAGGUUCUACCACCAGAUACAGAUUGCCACCACUUUGUGCUUGAGGAUGACUGGGCAAGAUUAGAGGAACCUUAUGGAAGCAUAUUUCUAAGCAUUCCAACUGUUCUUGAUUCAUCAUUGGCUCCUGAAGGCCAUCAUAUACUGCACAUAUUUACAACAUCUUCCAUUGAAGACUGGGAGGGACUCUCGACAAAGGAAUAUGAGGCAAAGAAGAAAGUUGUGGCUGAUGAUAUUAUAAGCAGAUUGGAGAAGAAACUUUUUCCCGGGCUCAGGUCAUCAAUUACUUUCAUGGAGGUGGGUUCGCCCAAGACACACAGGCGGUACCUGGCUCGUGAUAAGGGUACUUAUGGACCAAUGCCACGCAGCACCCCUAAAGGUUUAUUGGGAAUGCCAUUUAAUACGACAGCUGUAGAUGGCCUUUACUGUGUUGGCGAUAGCUGCUUUCCAGGACAGGGUGUUAUAGCCGUAGCUUUUUCGGGAGUAAUGUGUGCUCAUCGAGUAGCUGCUGAUAUUGGCAUUGAGAAAAAGUCCCCUGUACUUGAUGCUGCUCUCCUCCGGCUUCUUGGUUGGUUAAGGACCUUAGCAUGA